AUGGCGACUGCAAUGCACGCGUUCGCGCCGAACCUUCCAGCCCCCGAAGACGAGAACUUUGAUCUCAUCCUCGGCCUCCUGCUAGAGGAUGUUCGGCAGAUCAACGCGACGUCCAAGGGUAAGCAAGUCGAAGGGAGCGUCUCAGAUGGCGACCUGGCGCUGCAGCUCUACGCCGAGGAACUCAGCAAUGCAUCGGCCUUCGCCGCGCAUCGACGCCUGACCCGCAGCAUCCAAGAGGCGGUGCAGACUGACGCGGGCGUCAUUGCUCGCUUCAAUCGAGAGGAACAUAUGGCGAAGCAUGACCGAGACGUGUCAAUCGCUCUGGCCGAGGGCCUCCAAGUGCCUCCGCCUCUGACGAAUGAGCCUCUAGGCAUCCUUGCCGCCGACAUCGAAAGGCUCUCCAACCUCUACGUCAACCGCAUCGAUCUCAAUCGCCAUGUAGAGGAAUAUGAGUCCAGCGACGUGGGUUUUCUUGGAUAUGGUCGUCAGGGCGAACAAGCCGAGAGCUCGUCGUGGGCCGCAAGCCGACGACCGACAAAGGGGACUCGGCAGCAGCAGCGGCGGGAAUGUACGUCCUGCAUGGAACCAACGAACAUCUCCCAGCUCAUCCGGGCACCGUGCCAGCACGAGUACUGUCACGACUGCCUGUUGACCUUGUUUCGGAGUGCCAUGACAGACGAGACGUUGUUCCCUCCUCAGUGCUGCCGCCAAGCCAUUCCGGUCGAUCAACACCGUCAGAUCUUGGGCCUUGGUCUGGUCAACCGCUUCUACGAGAAGGAGAUCGAGUACUCUACCGCGGACGGGACUUACUGUCAUGCGGUCAACUGUGCAGCAUUCAUCCCCCCGGCAUAUUGCGAAGACGAUGUGGCCCUGUGCGUUGACUGCGGCUCGAGCACCCGUGUCCACUGCAAGAGACGCGACCAUUCGGGCGACUGCCCAUUCGAUCGGGAGCUCCAGCGCGUCCUCGAGAUGGCGCAGCAAGAGGGCUGGCGCCGUUGCUUUCGCUGCUCCAGCGUGGUCGAGCUUAAUCACGGCUGCUUUCACAUAACAUGUCGUUGUCGUGCCGAGUUUUGCUACGUCUGUGGUGUCCCAUGGAAGCAGUGUCGCUGCCCGCAGUGGGAUGAAGGACGCCUCUUGGACCGAGCUGUGCAAAUCGACCGCAGAAACAACGCACGCAACGAUGUAGCGCCCGUUCGCGUGCCUGCUCAUGUACCUGCGCUGCCUCGACUCCCCAUUCCCGCAAGGCCAGGACUUGGGGCGAAUGCGCAAGCCCCUUUCCCAGCUGCGCCCCCACGGAACCUGCCAGUGGCUGCUCAGGCUCAGGUACCCUUCGUCCAAGCUGCUGUGCCAGGCAAUAUCAUAGUCCUCGACGACUCCUCGGACGACGAGGACGUACUGGAACCCCCACCCGAGAGGACCCAAGAUCGGAUCAACAUCAUCAUGAACAACCUGCGAGACAACCACGAAUGCGACCACCACGAAGGCUGGAACAGGGUUGAAGGGCGGUUCGCGUGCGAGGGCUGCCACGGACGGUUGCCAAAUUACAUCUUCGAGUGCCCUCGGUGCAACAUCAGAGCUUGUCGCCGGUGCAGGUUCAACCGUGCGUUGUGA